AGUUGGGGUUUAGGUCUAAACAUUCUAGUAUCUGGACCGAAACGCACAGGAAUAACAAAAGCUGAACCACACUGUCUAUGCUGUCACAAUCUCAGUCGCAUUUAUCAAUUAUCCUGAGUCAACUUUAAAAUAAAUAUUUGGGACAUUUGGGCAGAUAUGACCUUAACCUUUCAUAUUCAAUAAUUCUACAUAUCCCUAAAUGCCAAUGACUUAAAAUAUAUAACGUUCUAAAGGAUAUACUUUAAAUCAUGGGCUAUUACCAAUAGUAACUGUCGUCACAACGUCACACAACGUUACACACUGAUGCUUAUGGUUUAGAUAUACUUGUACAUGUACGCAUACAAACUAUUCACCCGACUGUGAGAUUGUAUCGCGUAUGAUGUUGAAGUAUGACCCUACUCCCCGAACUACUGGACCGGUUGACCUUGUUCCAGAGUUCGGCACGGAAGUAUUUAUAAGCAUGCCGUUUUAUUAACCCUGGGGUCUUCCGUUGCUUGAUCAGGUGAUUUGCACAGCCGAUGAGUUCAUGGAAUCUCCUAACACUAUCCCCAGCGAUUCCUCACGUGAUAUAAGAAUGAGUUCCACACCUACAGCAUGGUCUGACAAGCCCGAGCAGACGACAACUGGGGCAGACGACAAUUGGAGCAGAAGUGAAUUCGCGUAGUCAUACAACUAUCGAUACCAGAAUCCAAGAUGGCCGCCUGGACACUUCCUGUGGCCUUGACCCUCGGUGUCGGACUUCCGAUUCUCAUCUAUGUAAUUGUGUCAGUUGUAUUUUUCCUGAAGCCUACAUUAAUUCACAAAAGGAAGAAGGACUACGGAUUUAAGCUGCGACGACACUUGAGUCACCGAGGAGGCGGUGGAGAGAAGCUGGAGGGAACCAUGUCCGCAUUCACCAACGCCGUCGAGGUCGGAACCCACAUUCUGGAGAUGGACGUCAGGUUGACGAGCGAUGACGUCGUUGUGGUGUUCCAUGACGAGACCCUGCAAAGGUGCUGUGGAGUCCCGGACGACGUCAUCAGCACUAAAUAUGAGGACCUGCCACCAAUGAAGCCACCGCUUGAUCUCUACUACAGAAAAGGUCACAGGACGUACGGCGAUGACACACGGAUACUGACACUGAGAGAAGUGUUUGAGGCAUUCAGGGAUGUUCCUGUCCUGAUUGAACUGAAAGGCACACAGGAGCUGCUCAUCCAAAAGGUGUCGGAUCUGAUAGCAGAGUUUGACAGAGCGGACAGGACCAUCUGGGGCAGCGAAAACAAAUCCACGUCGACACUCAUGUAUUCGCAGAAUGCAGACAUUCCGAUCUUCUUCAGUUACAAAGGGGGACUACUCAUGCGCCUCUGGUUCUACACUGGAUUACUUCCCUUUGUCAGACUGCGCGAAACCAUUCUUGUUGCACCUAUGCCAUCUAUAGAGCUGGAUCCCCAAAAUGGUUUUGAACAUCGUGGUUUUGAUCGAUUUAAAGUAUGGCUGACAGACAAACUCUUCAUGCGAUCGUCUCUCUUUGGUCAUCUGUCCAGGCGCGGGAUUCAUACUUUCCUGUUUGUGCUAAACAAGGACAGCGAGUACAAGCGAGCGUUCCACCAACUGAAGGUCACCGGCGUAAUGACCGACUUCCCAUCCGUCCUGUCGGCCUACCUUAAGUCGGCUCCACAGACGCCGGGGCCGACAGAUAGCUUGUUAAAUGCGGACAUUCAGUCGUCAAGGACGACAGACAGCUUGUUAAAUGCGGACAUUCAGUCGUCAAGGACGACAGACAGCUUGUUAAAUGCGGACAUUCAGUCGUCAAGGACGACAGACAGCUUGUUAAAUGCGGACAUUCAGUCGUCGGGACAGACAGACAGCUUUGUUAAAGGCGGACACACGGACCCCAGGGCCAACAGAUAACUUAGUAAAAGGGGACACAGACGUUGGGGCCGACAGACAGCAUGUGAAUGCGGACACAGACGCCAGGAUGACAGACAGCUUGUUAAAGGGGGACACACAGAGGCCGGGGUCUACAGACAGCUUGUUAAAGGCGGACGCACAGAAGCUGGAGCCUACAGACGGCUUUUUAAAGGCGGAUACACAAACUCCGGGGCCGAGAGACAGAUUUUCAAAUGCGGACCCACAGACACUGUGGCCGAUGGACAGCUUGUUCAAUGCGGACGCUCAAGCGCCAGACCCGCGGGCGCACAAACGACAUCUUCCUGAGGCAAGGGAGUUCACUGACUGUAAAAGUCAAGUUUCCACCCCUGCUGAACUAGGCUGAUAUUUCCGGGCUCGGUUGUAGCGCCACUAGUGGCUAUGACGAGUUAUGUCCCUUCUAUGACCCCCCUAUUGACCAAUCAGAUUCCACCUCUCAUAUCACUUGCUCCUAACGAAAUGGCGGCGCCAAGUCAAGACGGUCUGAUCGAUAAUCAAAAUCUAUAUUGAA